AACGUUACCGAUCAUCAUCAAAUCAAUAAGAUCACGCCACGUAGGCAACAACAUUCACCAAAUCGUUCCAGUUCAAUUUCACCCUACAAAUAUCUCCAAACUUGAUCGAUCAUAAACACACAAACAGACUAGAUUGUAUUGUGUUCUACCCUACAGCAACCAAUUUUGAAUCAAAGUUUUUGUUCAUCUUGGGUAGAACUUCCAAUGUGUACUUCAUCAUGCAUACCAUUUGUAGCCGAAAAUGAAUAUUGGACCGAUGAGGCGAUAUUUAUGUCAUUGCGCGAUUUCAAAAGGGGAAAACCUCUCCCUUUAAAUGUAACUUCGGAUGUAAAUCCGUACCAAUAUAAGCCCUCUAUUCUACCCGCUGACUUGUGGUACUUGUGCUCUGGGGUAAAAAAGGAUGCAGAGUGUGGAUUAUGGGUGCAAAUUGGGGAUGCUUGUGAGAUGUAUUCAAACUCUUCCAUCCUUGGUUCGAGAACUACACUUCAGUUUUACGAGGGGCGAGCCUCUCAUGGACGAAAGACGGAUUGGGUGAUGCAAGAAUACAGAAUAACCGAGAGAUGUGACAACGGUACAAAGGAUCACAGGGCGUUAUGCAGAGUGUUUUUGGCUGGUGAUUAUAAACCACCUUCCACACAUUGCAUUGCUGAUAUUGGUGUCAAUAUCUCCGAUAAUUCGGAUCCAAAUACAGUUAUAAAUGUCAACAGUAGAAGACAUGAAAACACAUCUGAUAUGGACUGUAUUUUGUGUGGAGACUACAUUGAGUUAAACGAUCUUAUCGAUCCAGGAUCCCGUUCUUCCAGCUCCGCCAAUUCGAGUUGUUUGACCGUGACCUCAGAUGAAUACUUUGACUCAAUGGCCCUCUUACAGGAACUAGACAAAGACAUUCUAGAUCAAAAAAUUUGUGUCAAAUACAAUCUUUCUACACCAGCAAAGUCCAAAGAAGUGGUCAUACGCCCCGUCACAUCAGUGUCUCUAACAUAAAACAAAGAGUGCAUACUUUUUGCCGGAGACACUUCCAAAGUGGAAAAUAGGAACGAGAGCACGCCAUAUGGCGUUAACACAACAUCGUCUUCAGGUAGUUCCGAGAAUACAUCCAAAGAGGGAAAGAAUGAGAGUGUUAGGACGAAAAGGCAUACAAUGGUGAAGUAUUUAUGUUCCAUAGCAUCUUGAGUAGUUGCUUGUAGGACAAGAAAACUUUUCCUUUAGAAAGAAGAAACCAUGAGGUAGCAAGUUUUUUUAUUUGUGUUGUAACUUGUAAAAUUAAAAAAAAGUUUGGUUUGACAUGAUUUGGGUUUACACAUUACACCCGAGUUUUAGUCAUGUAUCGACGACCCAUGAUGAUCUUUAAUGCUA